ACUCUCGUUUUUUGAGGUUAUGUGUUAGUAAUGUUAAUUUUUUUCUAAACACAAUCAUGUCCGUAAGAAAAAGGACAGAUGCACCUCUUCCAGCAGAAGAAAGCGACCAGUUAGUCAUAAGACCCCUAGGCGCCGGCCAAGAAGUUGGCAGAUCCUGUAUUAUGCUAGAGUUUAAAGGCAAAAAGAUAAUGCUUGAUUGUGGUAUUCACCCUGGAUUGACAGGCAUGGACGCUCUACCCUUUGUAGAUUUGAUAGAGGCUGAUGAAAUCGAUUUGCUUUUGAUUACUCAUUUUCAUUUGGACCAUGUAGGGGCAUUGCCUUGGUUUCUUCUAAAGACUAGCUUUAAGGGGCGAUGUUUUAUGACACACGCCACCAAAGCGAUCUACAAGUGGCUACUCUCUGAUUAUAUUAAAGUGAGCAACAUCGCCACCGAACAGAUGUUAUACACAGAAGCGGACUUGGAGGCGAGCAUGGACAAAAUUGAGACUAUAAAUUUUCAUGAAGAAAAAGAAAUCAUGGGGGUCAAAUUUUGGGCUUACAAUGCUGGUCAUGUUUUGGGUGCCGCUAUGUUCAUGAUCGAAAUUGCGGGGGUCAAGGUUUUGUAUACUGGCGACUUUUCAAGACAAGAAGAUCGGCACUUGAUGGCUGCUGAAAUUCCUACAGUUCGACCUGACGUGUUAAUCACGGAAUCGACGUACGGGACGCAUAUCCAUGAAAACCGAGAAGAAAGAGAGACUAGGUUUACGAGUCUCGUUCAUGAUAUAGUCAAUAGGGGUGGUAGAUGUCUCAUUCCAGUUUUCGCAUUGGGCAGAGCACAAGAGUUGUUGCUAAUUUUAGAUGAAUACUGGAGUCAGCAUCCAGAGCUCCACGAUAUUCCCAUUUAUUACGCGUCAUCGUUGGCCAAAAAAUGUAUGGCCGUCUACCAGACCUACAUAAACGCGAUGAACGACAAAAUUCGACGGCAGAUUGCGAUAAACAAUCCUUUCGUAUUCAAACAUAUAUCCAAUUUAAAGGGCAUCGAUCACUUUGAAGACGUUGGCCCGUGCGUUAUCAUGGCUUCGCCCGGUAUGCUUCAAAGCGGUCUGUCACGCGAGUUGUUCGAGUCCUGGUGUUCGGACUCGAAAAACGGUGUGAUUAUCGCGGGGUACUGCGUCGAAGGGACCCUCGCGAAAACCAUAUUGUCCGAACCUGAAGAGAUAACUUCGAUGACGGGUCAAAAGUUGCCGCUGAAGAUGUCCGUGGACUACAUCUCGUUCUCGGCCCAUACCGACUAUCAACAGACCAGUGAGUUCAUCAAAAUACUCAAGCCACCGCAUGUGGUUCUAGUGCAUGGUGAGCAAAAUGAAAUGUCUCGCCUGAAGGCCGCGCUACAGCGUGAGUUCGAAGAGGACCCCAACAUGAACAUCCAGCUGCACAACCCUCGAAAUACCCACACCGUCGAGCUGUACUUUCGAGGAGAGAAGACCGCUAAAGUGAUGGGGUCGUUGGCCGUCGAGGAACCAAAACCGGGCAAAAUCAUAGACGGAGUGCUGGUCAAACGCAACUUCAACUAUCAUAUUUUAUCCACUGAGGAUUUGCCAAAGUAUACGGAUCUCAGCCUAAGCGAGAUCACUCAGAGACAGAGCCUGCACUAUUCCGGCCAUCCCGGUGUGCUACGUCACCUUUUGUCUCAGGUGUGCGGUCUGAUGGAGACUCUGGAAGGUGAUAAAAAGAUGCGAGCGUUCCAAGCGGUCGAAAUCACCAUCGAACCGAAAAUGGUGAUAUUGGAGUGGCUCGCUAACCCGAUCAACGACAUGUACGCGGACGCGAUCGUAGCCGCCAUUUUGCAGGCGGACUUGUUGGACAAUCCGCCCAAAAACAUGUCGACCAGCGUCAAAGUUGACCGGAUGCACUUCAAGGAAUGUCUGAUUGAAAUGUUGCAAGACAUGUUCGGAGAAGACUGCGUGCCGAAAAUUUUCAAGGGCGAGAAACUUUACGUAACGGUGAACGACAAUAGGGCCGACAUCGAUUUAUCAAACUUGGACGUAAAGUGCGCCACAGACGAAACGUUCCAGCAGAUCGUUCAGACGGCCGUGUCGAAGCUCUAUCAGAGCUUGGCUCCGCCCCAAUUACCAAACUAGGCGGUUUCGAAUAAAUUUUUUAACGAAAAACGUUUUGUUUUUGACAUCCAUAC